AUGUCGAAUCAUAAUCAAAACCACAAUAAUUACAUCAACCAGAGCAACCACAGCAAUGAGAGUUUUGAUAACAGUACCUUGGACUCUUACGGUUCUCUUCCGAGCCACACUCAGCCUCCCGGUGUCAACACGUAUAGCAGACAUGAUUCUGAAUUCUCUAGCUUGGGGUUUGAAUGGUCCAGGAGAAGCGAAGACGGAGUAGAUCAAUCCACAAGGACCGAUGGAGGGGAUUCGGCCAUUACGGCAAAUGCCAACAAUGUAACUCCUACCAACAACACGAGCAAUCAAAUCAAUGCCCUCAACUCUAUAUCUACCUACAAUCACGCAUACAUUAAGAAAAUGAGCGAUCGAAACUCGAAUACUACGGAAUAUAUGGAAGAGCAAGAAUCGAAAGACCAAGUGGUGCCGCUGGCCGAAGUGGGACGGACCCUGUCUUCCAAAUCCGUGAGCGGCGAAUUGCGUCAGCGGAACCAAAAGCUGCAAGCCAUGAAGAAAAUGAAAUCGGUCCAAGAGAUUAUGGAAACUGCCAAACGAUCCAACACUAUUGAUUUGGAAACGGGGAAGGAAGGAGGCUCACGGUCGCAAUGUGCCAUUAUUCGAGAAGAUUACGAACGGACACCCCAAAGUCGGAGGAGGCGGGGAUACCGAAAGAUUAUCAAGUUCCUUACGAAACCCUUUCGGCCCAAGAAAACUGUCUCGUCGGGGCAUCACCGAGGCAGGACAAAGCGCCAAAAGUAUCGGGAUGGCAAUAUCAUUUCUCGCCGGACGGUGUCCGUUCCACAGGGCGAUGACACACAAUAUCAAAUAUUCUCCAUUGAUGAAUCUUUUGGCAAGGGAUUGAAAGGAAUUGCCAAUGACCGGAGUGACCGGAACAAACUACUAGGAUUGGUCAGUCCAGAAAAGAUGGUGACUUCCUAUCUUUUCUGGGCCUUUCGAAGUUCUUUUAUUGCGGUUCUUAUGUCUGCAGCUCUUUGGUUCGGGGUCAUUACCUUUGCCUUUGGGGCUGUCAUUUACUUUUUGGCACAUCGGGCGCCCAAGUGUCUCUUUGUGGCGGGGAAAGAUUUCGAUGGACAAUUCAUGGAUGCCUACUCGUUGAGCUGGACUACCUUUACUACUGUGGGAUACGGGGCUGUAUUUCCAGGGACCACGGCAACUGCAGAAAAUGUCAAUCACUGUUGGGCAGUCACAAUACUAGCGACGGUGGAAGCCUUUGUGGGCAUUUUGUUUGCCUCCUUUUGGGGCGCCAUUUUUCUAUCCAAAGUGACCCGGGUUUCUUCUUCGGCGCAGGUUACCUUUUCCGACCCGGUCCUGAUUCGAUUUGGAGAAGGAGUCAAGGGACACAAUCCGAAUGAGGAAGAUUCGUCAGAGUCAGAGGAGGAACAAGAUUUGCUGUCACCACAUGACCAUAACAGCACCUAUCCAUGUCCUAUACUGGAGUUUCGAUUAAUCAACAAAUUGGCAUCCCAAAGAAAGGGAGAAAUCAUUGAUGCAUCCUUGAAUAUGGUGGCGAGUGUGAACCCAUCCCAAGUGCCAGACAUGAAUGCGGGUGGUGCCCGGAAAAAGAAAAAGGGGAAAAAGGGCAAGGGCCGCAAGACUGGCGGUGGGAAUGGUGGAAGCCGAGGAAGCGUGGACGACUUUGAAAACCGUCCCAGUGAAGCCGAGUUGAGGAAAUCGAGGCAAACGAUACGGAAGAUUUUAAUCGGAGCUGAUAAAUCCGGCGGAAACGAAGACAAGAAUGACCCCAAGGCGGCCAACAGACGGGAAUUUGCCAAACUCUAUGUCGAAUCCCAAGAUCAUCCCUUUUUCAAACGAGUCUGGGUGGCCCGUCACAUUCUCGAUCAAGAGUCACCUUUGUUGAUCAAUGACGCCAAAGAAUUGAUACGGCUCAAUGGUGGUCGAUGGCCUGCCGAAUUGAACAAUGCGUUGGCCGUCCGGGCCUGUGUCAAAUUUGAUUCCAUUCUCGUAUCCUUGAGUGGCACGAGUAAUGCCGAUGCCAAUACGGUAUACGCCCAAAAGAUUUACGAUUUUACAAAUGUCGUGGUGGGCUACCGAUUUUGCAAUAUACUGUACAGAGAAGUGGAUGGAAGUUUGGGAGUCGAUGCGAAUUUGCUGAAUGAUGUCAUUGAACAGACGGGUGGUGGAGGUGAAGAGUUGGACCAGCGACAGCGAUUUAGUUUUCGUCAAUCCAAGAUGGAUAUACUUAUAUUAUAG